AAAUGUCUACUUCCUAAGUUCAACUUAUUUAAUAAAUAUUUGAUUAAACUUACGUGUUUUUAAUCAGCUAUUGCAUGAGCAAAUGUCGUAAAAUCGAUUUAUAAACAUCGUUUUAAAUAAUAAUCGUGUAACUUUAGUGCAACUAUUCGAAGUGCGUCAGUGGUAAACAAAUUGGGCUUAUUUGUAAAGUUUCUUGUUUAUCAAGGUAAACAUUAAACAAACAUGACACUAAUCGAGGGUAUAGGCGACGAGGUGACACAUUUUUUUAUCGCUCUCCUCGCCGUAAUUAUAGUUUCAGUUACACUAGCCUGGUGGACUACCAAUAUAUCUGAACAGAGGCAUGUGAGGACAGUUCUGUUGCUGGAAAGAAGGAGACACAGGGCUCACCGAAGAUUGACCAACCACACGGAAACUGUUACCAUCACAGAAGGCUCUAGUAUAGUACCUCCAAUUGUCGAAGAACCUCCCAUAACCGUGUCGGCUACCACGGAACCAGUCCCUAGUGAUCACAUAUCUCAUGAGGCUAGUACCAGUAACGAGAGUGCCCCUGUCCCAGACCCUCCUGAGAAUUUGGAUCGUGGGGAGGAGCAAAAUAUAAUCGAAACGAUGGAUGCCGACGCUUGUGUGUUGAGACAGAGGCGUUUGGCAUUUUAUAACAACUGGACUAGCACAAAUAGAGAUGGUAACGAUGAAUCCCCAGGUUCCGAAACCACGGAUCCUUCUCGGAACCAAGACAGAAUAGAAACGAUAUUAGACAGCAGUGAACAUACCGUAAUGGAACAUAAUUAUGCAGAGCAGGAUACCACGUCGACUAGUUUGAAUGAUAGGAAUGAACAAAGCUCGGAGAAUAACGAACGUAGUAUACCUUCCGAUAAUAAACCUGCGAUAACUAUUAAAUUAAAAUAUAUCAAUGACGAUUUGAAACUGGUGGAUGGUAGGUUAGAGGAGAUGUUGGGAGAUUUUAAAAAGAGACAUUUUCAGACAGAAUUAUCUUCCAACAAACUAGUAAGGUUGAUAUUUAACGGCAGGGUGCUUCGCCCUGACACACAAACUCUAAAAAGUUGUGGCCUCUUCGACAACUGCGUCGUGCACUGUUUGAUCCACCAAAAGAGGGCACAGGCAAUCGAAAAUGCCUCUUCAGAAACAGCGAGGGACGGUUAUUCAUUUCCUAGCUCUGCUGGUAUCAAUAACAUAAAUAACAACAACCAAAACCGAGAUUGGGAUUUGGGGAAUUUUUUAUUUGCAUUUAUCAGCUUUAUUUUGUUAGCCGCGUGGUAUUUCAGAUAUGUUUAUGCUCAUUUGUAUACAGUUACAGCUACUGUAGGAUUAAUUUUGAUUACGGGAAUUUUCACGAUAGUGUUGGUCGGGAUGUAUUUUCCAGACAACCCAGACCUACCUGCGCCACCCAUCCGUUUUGCCCGAGAACGUGUGCAACCUCAACAAUAAAGGCUAUUAUGUUGUAUUUACUUAAAUAUUUUCGUAUUUAUUUUUAAUUUCAAAACGUACUUCUAUUUUUUUAUUUUUAAGUUUACAUAAA